GAAACCCGCGCAGAAAUCUCUAGCAAGCACAGCAGAAAACGGUGCGAAAGGCAGCGGAUCAGAGACUCGCGCGCACAAUAAUUUCGUUUCGAUUCUUUCUCCGAAGCUGUGAUUUAACACCGCGAAGAGCGAUAUUCGACGGAUACAUAUUCCGAAAACGAGGUCCGUCCACGGGAAACGUUCUAAAUAGUGCGAAUACAGAUACGAGGACAAAAUGGAUGAAUGGAAUGAAGAUCCCGUACCUCAGACAUCACUAGAUACAUCCAUGUUUGACCAAGGCCAUGAUCCGCGCCGCGGCAGAGGACGUGGUUCAAUACCACAUAACAAUAACAACGACAUAAAAUUUCCUAUCGGAGGAGAUAAUACUAUUAAAAAUAAUGCAGAUGAUGAAUGGAAAGAAGAUGGAUGGAAUGAAGACAGUGGGUGGAAAGAAGAAAGUCAAGAUAACUUUAGCACUCAACAGGAUGACACGAACAACUAUAACACCAAUAACGACAGAGGUAACAGAAGAGGCAGAGAUAGGUCGCAUUAUAAUGGUAGAAAUAAUGGCGAUGAUAGGUGGAAGGGAAACAGAAACAAUGGCCAAAACAAUUGGGGUAACAAUGACGGUGACACUGAGAAGGAUGGAAAUGACAGGAGAGAUAACAGAUUCCGAAGAGACAGAGAUAAUGAUAGAGGCGAUCAAGAAGGUAGAGGAGGAAGAGGUGGUGGAAGAGGUGGUAGAAGAGGAGGUGGGAGGGGAGGUGGAAGAAAUGGUGAUAAUGACCGUGGUUUUAACAGAAACGAUAGUGAUAACGAAGGCAGAGGACGUAAAAACAAUGAUGAUGACAAUCAAGACGGUGAGAAGAAAAGAGAGAUCUACAUUCCACCUGACGAACCUACUGAUGAGAAUAACUUGUUUGCACACGACGUGUCAAUGGGUAUAAACUUUGCCAAAUAUGACGAUAUUGAAGUAAAAGUGACUGGUGAAAAUGCGCCACAACCAAUAAAUAGUUUUGAAGAUUCACACUUACGAACUCUGUUGUUGGAGAAUAUUAGAAAGUCAAGUUACACAAAACCUACGCCUGUUCAGAAGUACGCCAUACCAAUUAUUAUAAAAGGUCGUGAUUUGAUGGCCUGCGCGCAAACUGGUUCCGGCAAAACGGCGGCAUUUGUACUACCUAUUCUACACACUUUGUUGGAAGAUUAUCGUGAUUUAGUACAAACUGAAUCUUCUUGCGAACCGCAGGCAAUUAUCAUAUCACCUACACGCGAGCUAACAAUUCAGAUAUUUCAACAAGUUCGGAAAUUUUCUCUUGGUUCCAUUCUGCGUUCUGAGAUUGCUUACGGAGGAACGUCAACCAUGCAUCAGGCGAACAGAGUGCGCAACGGUUGUCACGUUUUAGUCGCGACUCCGGGCAGAUUAUUAGAUUUCAUCGGAAGAGGCAGAAUCAAGCUUUCGUCGUUAAGAUUUCUCGUGUUAGACGAGGCUGAUCGAAUGUUGGACAUGGGUUUUCUGCCUGAUGUAGAAAAAAUCGUAGAUCACGAUACAAUAUCACCUACGGAAGAAAGACAGAUGCUUAUGUUUUCCGCCACAUUUCCAUAUGAAAUACAAGAACUCGCAGGUCGAUUUUUGAGAAAUUAUCUAUUUCUCACUGUUGGAAUUGUUGGCGGCGCGUGCUCAGAUGUCGAGCAGAAUUUUAUGCAAUCAAACGGCGCUUCUGAAAAAAGAAAACAUCUGAAAAAUUUGUUACAAGAUCAGCAAGAACAAGGACAAGUAGAAGGUACUUUAGUAUUCGUGGAGCAGAAGAAACAUGUAGACUUCAUUGCAGCUUUCUUGUCUGAGAACAAUUUUCCGGCAACUAGCAUACAUGGCGACAGAUUGCAAAGAGAGCGAGAAGAAGCUCUGAAUGAUUUUAAGAACGGAAAGAUGUGGAUUCUAGUUGCUACGGCGGUUGCCGCACGAGGCUUGGACAUCAAAAAUGUUACCCACGUGAUUAAUUAUGAUUUACCAAAAACUAUUGAAGAGUAUGUUCAUAGAAUUGGACGAACUGGUCGAGUAGGAAACCGUGGCAAGGCAACUGCAUUAUUUGAUCCAAAUGUCGAUGGGCAUCUAACCGAAGAUUUGGUCAGGAUUUUGAAACAAGCAAAUCAACCGGUACCCGACUGGCUUGAAUCUUGUUCCGGAGGUGGUGGAGGUGGCGGUGGCGCCAGCAGAGGUUUUGCAUCAGGAAGAGGACGAAGAUUUGGCGGUGAAGAUAUUAGAGGAGAUAACAACGCGUAUGAAGAUGUUGGUUACGUACCGCCUGUUCAAGCAGAACCAGAAGAAGUAUGGUAAACAACAAGAGCGUUGUUUCGUUUCAAAAACUUAUACGUUUACUUUUUUUUAAUAACUAAGUCCUAACACGGAUCAAUGAUAUUUUGUUUGUUUUUUAAAUUUAUUUUUUAGUUUUCUACUCGUUAGGGAUGUAUAUAUGAUAAGUAAAUGUAAAAAGUAUACAUUUAUUUAUACAUCUACCUCUAAUUCAGACAACAUUUAGUUGUGUGUCUGAAAUUUGUUUAAGCUACUUCGCAACAUAUUUUAAAUUAAUAUGCGCUUGUAUCUCAUUUAUCUGUGAACAUAAAAAACAGAUACUUGUUUUUUCUUUAAAAAAUACACGAGUUUUUUGUUUUUUUCUUAAUCUUAAUUAGGAUAAUUCUAAAUACUGUAUUUAGAUUUAAACUACUCUCACUGAGUGAGCAGUUAAAAUUUAUUCCUUGUAUUCUACACUCUAAGUUCCUAAUAACUUGAUAAAUCCGUUAAUUAUGUUAUAUUU